AUGCGACAGAAUAAGUUAGAAGUUAACAACACAGCCCUGCAGGCGAACGCCCCGGGCGCUACGCUGGUGAGAUCUGUGAAUGAUAAAUCUGGCCUUAUUCCACUAAAACUAAAGCUGGGACCGACCGGAAAUAGUGCGGGAUAUUAUGACAGUGCGGUCUGUCAGUCGCCAGUGUGGGACAAUGGGCUAUUGUGGGCACAAAGAGGCCUCGACAAAGGUUACGUGAAUCGGCAAGUAUGCUCUUUCGUGCGAAUCACACCUGCUAUUUUCAACAAUAGCUAA